AUGUCUUUCCUUCAUAAUCAUUCUUGCGAGUGCGUUAAGUCAGAAUUGGAUUUGUUUGCACUACCGUCUACACAAACUAGCAUUGAAAAUGGAUUGUGGAUUCAUUAUAAACCAAUUUCAUCUCUUGGUGAUGAUGGACCUAUCGAGUUUCAAGUUCCUGGGACCGGCGAUGACUACAUAGAUUUGUCUCAUACAUUACUCCACAUAAAGGCAAAAGUAUUAAAUCAAGAUUCAACUAACUUGGUAUCUACUACAAUAGUAGCACCUGUAAAUAAUUGGCUGCAUUCACUUUUUAGUCAACUUGAUGUUUAUUUAAACCAAAAACUUGUAUCACCACCUAAUAAUACCUAUGCAUAUCGAGCAUACAUGGAAACCCUUUUAAACUAUGCCCCUGCUGCUAAACAAUCUCAUCUUACUUGUAGUCUUUGGUAUGAGGAUACAGCAGGAAAAAUGGAUUCUACAGAUGGUAAAAACAUAGGAUUUGUUAAAAGACAGGAAUUGAUUAGUGAAAGUAAGGAAAUAGAAAUGAUUGGUCAUCUUCACGGUGACAUUUUUAACCAAGAUAAAUUUUUAAUUAAUGGUGUUGAAAUGAGUGUUAAAUUGGUUCGAUCAAGAGAGAGUUUUAAUUUAAUUGUUGGGUCGAACGAUGUAAAGUUUAAAGUUUGCAUUACGGACGCAACUCUUAUUGUGCGACGAGCACGAAUUAAUCCAAGUGUAUUACUCGCACAUCAAAAACUUUUAGCUUCUACCACUGCUAAAUAUCCUAUUACUCGAGCUGAAGUAAAAGUUUUAACAAUUCCUUCAGGUGUUCAAGGAAAAACUCUUGAUAAUAUAUUUUUAGGACAGGUACCGAAAAGAUGUAUAAUUGGAUUUGUGAACAAUUCUGCAUUUAAUGGUUCCCUUACUAAAAAUCCAUUUAACUUUGAAAACUAUGGUAUUAAUUCUUUCAGCUUAUAUAUUGAUGGUCAACAAAUACCUUCAAAAGCUUUGCAACCAUCUUUUAAUAAUAGCAUAUUUACAUCAGCAUAUCAUACUCUAUUCUCGGGAACUGGUAUUCACUUUCUUAAUGAAGGAAAUGGAAUCUCUUGUGAACAGUAUGGCAAAGGUUACUGUCUAUUAGCAUUUGACUUAACUCCUGAUUUAUCAGCUAACUCAUCAACUCAUUGGAAUCUCAUAAAGCAUGGUAGUGUAAGAAUAGAAGUACGAUUUGAAUCCUCAUUAAUACAAACAAUUAACUGUAUAGUUUAUGCUGAGUUUGAUAAUAUUAUUGAGAUAGAUAAAAACAGAAAUGUUACUGUAGACUAUAGUAGUUAA